AUGGCCAUGAACAGGAGGACUGUGGAACUUAUACUAGAUCGAGGAGCCGAUAUCAACGUCCAGGGUGGACACCACGGAAAUGCUCUCCAGGCUGCUUGUGCUGAAGGAAACGACAAGAUCGCACAGAUGCUGCUAGAGCGAGGAGUCGAUAUUGACGCCCAGAGUGGACACUACGGAUACAGAAAUGCCCUGCAGACUGCUUGUGUUAAUGGACACGAUAAGAUUGUACAGAUGCUGCUAGAGCAAGGAGCCGAUAUUAAUACCCAGGGUGGAUAUUACGGAAAUGCCCUUCAAGCUGCUUGUACUAGAGGACACAACACGAUUGUACAGAUACUGCUAGAGCGAGGAGCCGAUGUUAACGCUCAGGGUGGUGAAUACGGAAAUGCCCUCCAGGCUGCUUGUGUUAAUGGACACGAUAAGAUCGCACAGAUACUGCUAGAGCGGGGAGCCGAUGUCAACGCCCAGGGUGGAGGAUACUGA